GUGCCCAAAGUGGAGGAGAAAGAGACCCUGGUGCCAGUGCAGAAGGCCAUAGAUGGUUUGCACCCAGAGCCCCGGCGGGUGGCUUUCUGGAUCAUGAAGCUGCCAAGGCGGAGGACUCAGCCAGAUGUCGAGGAUGGGAGCCGCUGGCUCAUAGAAAAGCGACAUCGCCUGCAGGCCAUCCGAGACGGGCUCCGUGGGGGUGCCCAUGAGGACAACCUCGAGGAUGGGGCCCAUGUCCCCCAACACAUCAAGCUGCCUAUACGAAAGACGCACUUUCUCUACAUCCUCAGGCCAUCCCAGCAGUUAUAGGGUGGGGACCAGAUGUCCUUGCAUGUCCCUCACCCUACCCCAGCACC